UACGUGCACAGCUUACUACUGUAGCAAGUGCUGUUAUUUUUAAAUUGGUUUACGAUUUUGAAAGAAACAUUAAAAAAUAAUUGUAAAAAAUGGUUGAAGAACAGAGAAAACGUGUGGAAGAACAAAUGUCAAAAAUUGUUGAGGGAAUUGACAGAACGUAUCUAAGGAAAAUGCAGGGUGAUAUGCACAGGUGUGCUGCAGCAUGUUGUGAUAAUGAAUCUUAUAGUAUUCAAAAGGUACAAAGCUGCGUGGAGACUUGCAGUGUUCCCAUGAACAAAGCUCAGCAAUAUGUUCAAGGAGAAUUUGAAAGAGUGCAGAAUCGACUGCAAAGAUGUGUUAUGGAAUGUAAUGAUAGAAUUAAAGAUCAGUUAGGACCAAAUCCAAGUCAACUUGAAGUCAAUAAGUUAAGUGAUGAAUUUGAAAAAUGUGCAACAAAGUGUGUAGAUACAUAUUGUGAUUUGUUGCCAUCUAUGGAAAAUACAAUGAAAAAAAUGUUGGCUAGUAAAAAGCUUGAACAAUUGUAGAAUUCAUUGCUAA